AUGGGAGGCGACAAUAUGGAGGUCGACGCUGCUGAGCAGAAGCUCAAGAGCAUGGAGCACUCUGAGCAGCACUACUUCAAGAGCUACGACCACCACGGCAUCCACGAGGAGAUGUUGAAGGAUGAGGUCCGCACCCGCUCCUACAUGAACGCCAUUGUUCAGAACAAGCACCUCUUCAAGGACAAGGUCGUCCUCGAUGUUGGCUGCGGUACCGCUAUUCUGUCCAUGUUCGCCGCUAAGGCUGGCGCAAAGCACGUUAUCGGUGUCGACAUGUCUACCAUCAUCUUCAAGGCCCGCGAGAUCGUUGCCGUCAACGGAUUGUCCGACAAGAUCACCCUGAUUCAGGGCAAGAUGGAGGAGGUCGAGCUCCCCUUCCCCAAGGUCGACAUCAUCAUCUCCGAGUGGAUGGGCUACUUCCUUCUCUACGAGUCCAUGCUGGACACUGUCCUCUACGCCCGUGACCGCUACCUGAACCCCGACGGUCUCAUCUUCCCCGACAAGGCCACCAUCUUCGUUGCUGGUAUCGAGGAUGGCGACUACAAGGACGAGAAGAUUGGAUUCUGGGACAACGUCUACGGCUUUGACUACAGCCCCCUCAAGUCCACUGCUCUCGCCGAGCCCCUGGUUGACACGGUCGAGAUGAAGGCGGUGGUUACUGAACCCACAGCUGUCCUGACCCUGGACCUCUACAAGUGCCAGGUUGCCGACCUCGCCUUCACCUCCCCCUUCCACCUCUCUGCCCGCCGCGAUGACUUCAUCCACGCCCUCGUUGCCUGGUUCGACAUCGACUUCACCGCCGCCCACAAGCCCAUCCGCUUCUCUACCGGCCCCCACACCAAGUACACCCACUGGAAGCAGACUGUCUUCUACCUCAAGGACAUGAUCACCAUGCACGCUAACGAGGAGGUCAAGGGUACCUUGCACGUCAAGCCCAACGAGAGAAACCGUCGUGACCUUGAUAUCAAGAUUGAGUACAAGUUCUUGACCGAGGACCCCACUCGUGCCGCUGAGGGCCAGUGCGAGUACAAGAUGUGCUAA